AUGAACACUUCCUCUAGACGCGGCGCAGGCUCUCGUUCUACUAUUACUACUUCUUCAACUUCUGCUUCAGCAAGUACAUCUACAUCUAGCAGCAAAGGUGUCUUAUCCAAGACUAAUGCUACUAGUAGUAGUGCAAAGAGGAUCCAGAAAGAACUUGCUGAGAUCAGUCUUGAUCCUCCUUGCAAUUGCAGCGCUGGUCCUAAAGGUGAUAAUUUGUAUGAAUGGGCGUCCACCAUUAUGGGUCCUGUUGGCUCACCUUAUGCUGGAGGUAUUUUCUUUUUGGACAUUACUUUUCCACAAGACUACCCAUUCAAACCUCCAAAGGUGGUGUAUCGCACGCGUAUUUAUCAUUGCAACAUCAAUUCCUCAGGACAAAUUUGCCUCGACAUUCUUAAAGACAAUUGGUCUCCUGCCUUAACAAUUUCUAAAGUCUUGUUGUCGAUAUGCUCGCUAUUGACCGAUGCAAACCCACAUGAUCCAUUGGUUGGAAGCAUCGCACAUCAAUAUUUGCAUGAUCGUGAGGAACAUGAUAAAAUCGCUAGAGAAUGGACUAAACG